CUCCCGCUCCAGACGCUAUGGGGAAGGGGCUGCUGGCAUCUUGGUCUCCAGCCAUUCGCCGGCCUUAAAUAGGGAGGGGUUCCUUUAAGGGAAAGGGUCUUUUCCCCACGCGACAAAAAGUAACUCCCAACUGGGAGGGGGGUUCUCUCCGAGUGGCACGCAGGGUUGGCUUAGGGCCAAGAGGAUCGAUGAGGACCGGGCCAACCGGCUGAGGGAGCAUCAGGACCCCCUGUGGGGAUCGGAGGAAGAGGAUUCCGACAGGAGGGAGGCGGCAGCCCUGGGGAACCAGGAUUCCUGGUCGUGGGUGGACCCAGUGGAAAAGGACGUGCGAAGCCUGUAGAGAAUGGAGGAGGCCGGCCAACAGCGCCGGUGGGCUGCGGCUCCUCAGGAGAGACCGGAGGCCGCGGGUCCUGAGGAGGGACGGGAAGCGGCGGGUCCCAACGAGAGACCGGAGGCGACGGGUUCCGAGGAGGGACGGGAGGCUGCGAGUCCGGAGGAGGUGCGGGAGGCGGCAGAGCAGGGACCUGGGGACUGCUUGAGCGGAGAGGAGGUGGCUGGCGUGGAGCCAGCCAGGCCGGGGGGCGGGGAGAUGGCGGUCUCCGAGGGUGGGGCGCCGGCCGGUCUUGCGGUCUGUAGGCGGGGAAAGAAGCGUGGAAACAACAGAGAAGAAGCGAAGGGGAAAGGAGAGCUGCCAGAGGGCGGGAGUGGAAAGGACCCUGGCGAGCGCCGGGAGGAGUGGCGGCUGCGAGAUCGGCUGCCGGGCAGGCACAGGGACAGGUGUCUGGAGAAGUACUGGGAGAGCGCCCAAGAGCGCUACCGGGUGAGGGUGGGGAAGCCCGGGGCCAAGCACACGAAGCAGGUUGUCGGGGACCGGGUCGAGUGGAAGUACCCGCUGGAGAAGAAGGCCGGCUGGCUGAGGUGCCCAGAGACUGUGGAGUCCGAGGAGGAGGAGGAGGAGGAGGAAGAGGAGGAGGAGGAGGAGGAGGAGGAGAAGGAGGCCUGCAGAAGGAAGAGCAGUCCCUUAGAAAUCCAGCAGCAGCAACUCCGGCUGCCCACAGUCAGAUUCAGCACCUGGUCCAGAUCUCCACGCCCGUCUCAGCUGCACGUCUCCUGCUGCCUCUCGGGCACCAGUGUCAUUAACGAGCUGGCGAAGAUGGGCGACCCGAAUCUCCUCGAAGUAUUGACUGAGGAAGGGGAACACGCCAAUAAACAUAUAGACUACUCUUUCCAAAUGAGUGAGCAGAGCCUGAGCAGCAGAGAGACCAGCUUUCUCAUCAAUGAAGAAACAACGCCUGCAAAGCGAUUCAAUUUGUUCCUGAGGCGGCGGCUUAUGUUUCAAAAAAAUCAGCAAAGCAAAGAUUCUAUCUUCUUCCGAGACGGGAUUAGGCAAAUCGAUUUUGUGCUUUCCUAUGCUGAUGACAUAAAGAAAGACGCAGAGUUAAAGGCGGAAAGAAGAAAAGAGUUUGAAAAAAAUCUCAGAAAAACAGGUCUUGAGUUGGAAAUAGAAGACAAAAGGGACUCUGAAGAUGGAAGAACUUAUUUUGUCAAGAUCCAUGCCCCUUGGGAGGUAUUAGUUACCUAUGCUGAAGUCUUGGGAAUCAAAAUGCCUAUUAAGGAGAGUGAUAUUCCCCGACCUAAGCAAACUCCUAUGAGCUAUGUGCUUGGGCCUGUGAGCCUCCCACCGAGUGUGAAGUAUCCCCAUCCUGAAUACUUUACUGCCCAAUUCAGCAGACAUCGGCAGGAGCUCUUCCUCAUCGAAGAUCAGGCAACCUUCUUUCCAUCCUCAUCAAGAAACAGAAUUGUGUACUAUAUUCUCUCAAGAUGUCCUUUUGGCAUAGAAGAUGGGAAGAAAAGGUUUGGGAUUGAAAGGCUGCUAAACUCUAACACUUAUUCAUCUGCCUAUCCACUCCACGAUGGUCAAUAUUGGAAGCCAUCAGAACCUCCCAAUCCCACCAAUGAAAGAUACAUACUUCACCAGAAUUGGGCUCGAUUUUCCUAUUUCUACAAGGAGCAGCCAUUAGACUUGAUUAAGAAUUAUUAUGGAGAAAAAAUUGGUAUCUAUUUUGUCUUUCUUGGAUUUUACACAGAAAUGCUAUCCUUUGCAGCUGUAGUUGGCUUAGCUUGUUUUAUUUAUGGUUUAUUAUCAAUGGAAGAUAACACAAGCAGCACUGAAAUCUGUGACCCUGAGAUUGGUGGUCAGAUGAUCAUGUGCCCACUCUGUGAUCAAGUGUGUGAUUAUUGGAGACUAAAUAGUACAUGUUUGGCUUCAAAGUUCUCCCAUUUGUUUGAUAAUGAGUCAACAGUGUUCUUUGCAAUAUUCAUGGGAAUUUGGGUCACCUUAUUUUUGGAGUUUUGGAAACAACGACAAGCCAGACUGGAAUAUGAAUGGGACCUGGUGGACUUUGAAGAGGAACAGCAGCAGCUUCAGCUGAGACCGGAAUUUGAAGCUAUGUGUAAACACAGGAAAUUGAAUCCAGUGACCAAGGAGAUGGAACCUUACAUGCCUCUAUAUGCACGUAUUCCAUGGUACUUUCUUUCAGGAGCCACAGUGACAUUAUGGAUGUCUCUUGUCGUCACCAGUAUGGUAGCUGUAAUUGUGUACCGCCUGUCAGUCUUUGCUACACUUGCUAGUUUCAUGGAAAGUGAUGCAUCCUUAAAGCAGGUCAAAAGCUUCCUUACUCCUCAGAUAACCACAUCACUCACAGGAUCAUGCUUGAACUUUAUUGUCAUCUUGAUUUUGAAUUUCUUUUAUGAAAAGAUAUCUGCGUGGAUCACAAAAAUGGAAAUUCCUCGAACAUACCAGGAGUAUGAGAGCAGUCUUACCUUGAAAAUGUUCCUGUUUCAGUUUGUAAAUUUUUACUCAUCCUGCUUCUACGUAGCUUUCUUUAAAGGGAAGUUUGUAGGCUAUCCCGGAAAAUACACAUAUUUAUUUGAUGAGUGGAGAAGUGAAGAGUGUGAUCCUGGAGGCUGUCUUAUAGAAUUGACAACACAACUGACCAUUAUAAUGACCGGAAAACAGAUUUUUGGAAACAUUAAAGAAGCCAUUUAUCCCUUGGCUUUGAAUUGGUGGAGACGCCGAAAAGCUCGGACAAACUCUGAGAAGCUGUAUAGUCGAUGGGAGCAGGAUCAUGACCUUGAAAGUUUUGGACCCCUUGGGCUUUUCUAUGAGUACUUAGAAACAGUUAUUCAAUUUGGAUUUGUUACACUAUUUGUGGCCUCUUUUCCUUUGGCUCCUCUUCUUGCUCUCAUAAAUAAUAUUGUAGAGAUUCGAGUGGAUGCCUGGAAACUUACCACUCAAUACAGGAGAACUGUAGCUUCUAAAGCUCAUAGCAUAGGUGUUUGGCAAGACAUUCUUUAUGGAAUGGCUGUCCUUUCUGUUGCAACUAAUGCCUUUAUUGUUGCAUUUACGUCGGACAUCAUUCCCCGUCUAGUUUACUACUAUGCUUACUCAACAAAUGCCACGCAGCCUAUGAAAGGAUAUGUGAAUAAUAGCCUGUCAGUAUUCCUGAUAGCUGAUUUUCCAAACCACACUGCACCUUCGGAAAAACGAGACUUCAUCACUUGCAGGUACAGAGAUUACAGAUAUCCUCCUGAUGAUGAGAAUAAAUAUUUUCAUAAUAUGCAAUUCUGGCAUGUCCUUGCUGCCAAGAUGACCUUCAUCAUUGUUAUGGAACAUGUUGUGUUUUUAGUUAAAUUUUUGCUGGCCUGGAUGAUACCUGAUGUUCCAAAAGAUGUUGUGGAGAGAAUCAAGCGAGAAAAGUUAAUGACUAUCAAGAUUCUCCAUGAUUUUGAGCUCAACAAAUUAAAAGAGAACUUGGGAAUUAAUUCUAAUGAAUUUGCCAAGCAUGUCAUGAUUGAGGAAAACAAAGCACAGCUGGCUAAAUCAACAAUCUAAUCAGCGUAAUGAGGAAGCAGCAGGUUUAAAAAUGAAAUACAGGUAUUCCUCACUUUCCUGAAAGCGUGCUAACCAAAAUCAGGAGCCAAACCAAUUCAGAUACAUGUGUCUCAUCUAAUUAAACCAUUGGUUUUUAUAGGAGGGCUGCAUUAAGAGAGCCCAACACUACCUAUAAGUUGAUAAUUACCAGCAUGGCAGGUGAUUAUAUCCGCUGACCAAGUGCAUAGUUUUGUUUUGUUUUGUAUUCAGAAUGUUCUAGGGAACAUUUGAGAUUUUAUGUGAAAUAAACUUUUAAGUGCCAAAGCCAAAACAAUACUUAACUCUUUUCAAAUGCCCUCUUUCAUCCUUGCCUUCAACAAUUUUCCUUUGCACACAGGAAUCAAAAUCUACUUCAAAACAUUUAUUUUAGAGGAAUCCAUUAAGAAGGGAAUGUUUUACUUAAAUGAAAUGCUGUCUUACUUUUGCUGUGUCUUUUGACACUUCUUAGCUUUAAUAUUCUUCUUUUAACCAAGCCAUUCUGCAAGUUAUCAAAGAAGAGAAGGAAGAGGAGGACAGAUGAAGGUGACGGGAGAUGAGAAAGAGUAGGAGGGAGGAAAGAAUUAUUUCCUUAUGAAUCCUGUGUGUGUUUCUUUGGAGGAAAGAGCUGUUCCGAGGAAGCUUGGCCCAGCUGCUGUUGAUAAGACGUAUAUCUCUUAACAAAGACACCUAAUUAAAGCGAGAGAAAAGCUAAAGAAAAUUUCAAUGUGACAACUAUUAUGUGUCAAAAUAAAACUUAGAUUCCAAAGUGAUUUUGUAGCGUUGGGCGCUAUGAGUAGGUAUGGAUCUCUGUUGAUUGACUCCAGUUGAAGGUGAGAAAUCUGUAACAAUCAUUCAAAAAGGGAAUCUAUUAUUUUGAAAGAAACUCUCAUAUUUUUUUUAAAUUGUUAAUAGUUGUUAUAUAACUAAGAAUGUUAUGAAGAAAAAUAGCAUUGCAAAAAGCACCAUUGGUCAGGCUUACAAGUCAGCCACAAUGAAUCGGUAUUACUACUGUGUUAUUCUUUUUCUAGACAAAUUUUGACUCCUCUACUUUUAUGUGUAAUAAUUCCAGUAUUCUAUUUAUUUCAGCAUUAUGUGAAAAAUGAUGAGAAUGUUAAAAAGAAAAUAAUAAUGUGGUUUAAUUGGUGUGAGAUACCUGCUUCCAUCUUCCUCAAAGGUUUGACUAGGUGUAUCUCUCCUGUGUGUGAGAUUAUGUCCCCUGGUGUUAACCCGGGAAAUGAGUGCUCCUUUUUAACAUUUCUUUCUUCCAAGUUUUUUUCUUCCAGGAAAAAUAAUAUGCAGUUAUGCAGGAAAAGCUGUCUUAAAUAAUGUGUACAUAAAUCUCAAGAGAAUCAAAUUUAUACAGUGAAUAAAGUAAUACUUAAUAUUAAACUACA